AUGUGCUUGGUCCUGGCAAGCUUUGGCCUUGCUGGGGGCAUUGCUACCUGGGAGGCGGACUCGACCUUUGUCUGCAGUGAACGCAUCCUCUUGCUUAGUGGCGAAUACCACCCUUUCUGCCUGCUGCUCCUGCGCCUUUGGACCGACAACUUCCAGGAGAUCAAGGUAAUGGGAUUCAAUGCGGUCUCCUUCUACACGUACUGGCCUUUGCACGAGGGAAACCCUGGCGGUUUUACCACUGAGGGGGUGUUUGCCCUUGGGGAGUGGUUCAAGGCUGCCAAAGAGGCCGACAUCUACCUGAUUGCCCGACCGGGUCCGUAUAUCAACUCCAAGUCCUCCGACCCGGGCUUUCCGGGCUGGAUGCCGCGUGUCCGGGGCGAUAGCAGUACUCUCCGCACGACGUCGGAGAGCUUCUUGUAUGCAACGGAAAACUACACGAAGCAUGUGUCCAAGAUCAUUGUCGAUGCCCAAAUCACCAACUGUGGGUCGGUGAUCCUCAUCCAAGCCGCGAACGAGUAUUCCGUCUUGUCUAGUCACCAGAACGGGCCUGUGACUGAGUACAUGGAACAAACACUUUGGGAGAGCUGUCUCGUUAGCCCGUAUAUGCUCGCCGGAGGCACUAACUGGGGCAACAAAGGUGCGCCUUAUGUAGUCACCACCUUCGACCGAGAAGCAUGUUCUUCAAUGAAGUUGCAAGACCAGUUCUUCAAGGCCACCCCGGCUUUUCUGGCCUCGAAAUCCUUGCCAACAAGUACGGCCUACACCAAUGACUUUAGCCUAAUAGUCACCCCACUGACGAAUCCUGACGACGACAUCGGUCUGUACGUCUUGCUUCACAUCGCCUAUGAAAGUUGGGCAAGGACACACUGCAAGCUGAAGGUGCUAUUGAGCCACGGCAACCUCGUUAUUCCCAGACUAAGCGAGGGCGCACUGACUCUAGACGGCCGCGACUUCAAGAUACACACCGUUGAUUACGACGCCUGGGGCCAGAAAUUGUUGUACUCUUCGGCGGAGGUUCUCACAUGGAUGAAAUACGGCCGUGGUAGGAAAGUCCUCGCUCUCUACGGAGGCCCCAAUAAGCAGCACGAGGUUGCCAUAGUCACCAACUCCCGUGUGGAGGUAUUGGAAGGCCCCAAAAUCACGAUCAGACGUGAGCGUGGCUUGACUACUUUCAAUUGGUUUACCUCGCCAGAGCGAACGGUCCUCAGAAUUGAGCGGGGUUCCUAUGGCACCACUGAAAGCAACCCAGAUGCCGUCAUCGUCAAGGCAGGCUACCUUGUACGGAGCACCAAGGUUUCUGGCAAGAACCUAAGUCUUUCGGCCAACUUCAACAAAACCACCUCCGUGGAAGUUAUUGAGACCCCCACUUCAGUGUCCAAGGUCGAGAUAGGUCAACGCGUCUCGUGUCUUGUAUAUCAAGGCCACUUCAUUGCUAUUGAGAAAUACACCGCACUGGAGCUUGGGACCAUGGGCGGCAACUCCUAUGGCCACUCCGCCUGCCUUGGCGGAACAUACGUUGGAUCUUGGCAUGAUGAGGCUAUUACCGAGACCACCAAGCUUUCACACACCAUUCCUAAGCUUAAGGUGGGCAGGGAGUAUGUCUCGACCGUGGUUGUUGAUAAGAACGGCCAGAAUAUGAACCACGACGUAGGCCACGACAGCAUGAAGAGUCCUUGCGGCACGACCUACUACUCCCUCAGUGACACCGAGGACAGGAAACACGGCCCUCUUAAUGGGAGAGGAAGUUAUGUGGAGCGGCAAGGCCGGCAUCUGCCAAAGCCGCCACCCCGAGACUGGGCAACCGGUAGCCCGGUGGAGGACAGGGUAGAAGCUGGCAUUCGCCUGUACACGAGGCAGUUCUCACUCGACCUCCCUCAAGUAUGGGUUAUUCCUUUGGACAUCGCUUUUGAUCGAGUCAAGGGCGUGGACUUCCGAGUGCAGCUUUUCGUCAACGGCUUGCAGUUGAGCAAGCUUAUCGGCCGCUUGGGAGGUCAGACGUCUUUCUCCAUCCCCGAGGGCAUUCUCAAACACAGGGGCGACAACACAGUCACCAUCACGUACUGGUCUCAGGAGGGGUCCAAGGGACCCACGGACAUAAUGGGCAUUAGCCGGCGUGCAAGUCCUCGGUACGCCGAAAGGUUGAUGUUGUUGAUUCCCCCUAGUGCCUAUUGA